AUGGUGAUUACUGUAUUUGUUUUUGCUUAUGGAGUGGAACCCAGAAGCAUUCUUAGAUGGCGAUCGGAAUUAAUCGAAAAUAUUGCAGUGAACGGAAUCUUGAAGCUCCCAAACGAGAUGGCCACGUUUAAAGACAUUUGCGUGGAAGCGAAUGACAGAAGAUUGUUUUUACGCUUUAAGACUUGUGACCUAUAUUUAAUCGCGUUCAAGAGAGACGUUGAAACCAACAGAUGGCAGGAAAUGAAGGCAUCAGAGGAUGAUUCGGUUCUUAUCACAGAACCAGCAGACAGGCUCACCAUGCGCAGUAGCUACAAUGCACUGCGUUCUGUCGACGAUAAAAGGCAGCUGAACACUAAUCUUAGCGCCUUCGAGGAUUCCGUCAUGGACUUGCUAAACCCGCAAUACACCGCGAAUAAAAUGGCUCGCACAAUCUUGCGUAUGUUGCUCGAGUUUCCGGAGAGUACCCGUUUGACCCAAGUGGAGGCGUAUGUUGGGAGCGAUGUGUAUGGGGGACUGAUCAAGGGCGCAAGCGACAUGAUAUUUUUUUUGCUCUGCUCGAUUUCAGCGAACAAUUUAGGUGAUAGCGAGGAUCCGCUUCAACUAGCAGCUUUCGGUCUGCCGACUAGCGAUGAGACUCUCAUCACCAGGGCAAGCGAGGCACGA